AACUUUCAAAUAGGAAAAGAGAAGAUACAUGAAAAAUUAAAAAAGAAAGAAUAGAAGACUCACCUCAUAUCUUUGCUUUAUAUUGCGUAUAUAUGGCGGACGGCCCGUUUACGCGUCAACGAUCCAAGGAGGCUGACAGAGAGAAGCAGUAGUGUUUGUAUCUGAUUUUUAACGGCGGUGACUAUUACUUUGUUUGCAAUGAGUUCAACUGUCUCACCAUCUCGCGGAUUUCUUCCAUCACAAGGGCAUGGAAAUUACGAUUCCUCAGUAGCUGAGGUUUUCGGUCCUUUUAGCAAUGUAGAGACAGAUGGUAGCAACAAUGAUGAAACAGAAUUACUUUAUGCCUCGUGGAAUCAGGAUUAUGGCUGCUUUGCUGCCGGAACAAGUCGUGGAUUUCGUAUAUACAAUUGUGAUCCUUUCAAAGAAACUUUUAGGCGGGAUCACAAAAGUGGAGGAUUUGGUAUCGUGGAGAUGCUAUUUCGGUGCAAUAUUCUGGCACUUGUUGGUGGGAAAGCAAAUACACAAUACCCUCCUAAUAAAGUUAUAAUCUGGGAUGAUCACCAGAGCCGGUGCAUAGGGGAGUUUUCAUUUAGAUCUGAGGUUCGUGCAGUUAAAUUAAGACGGGAUCGUGUUGUUGUGGUACUUGAGCACAAAAUUUAUGUUUAUAACUUUAUGGAUCUGAAACUUCUUCAUCAAAUUGAGACCGUGGCAAACCCCAAGGGACUUUGUUGCCUUUCCCACCAAAUGAAUACGUCUGUGUUGGCUUGUCCUGGCAUUAGACGAGGACAGGUCCGGGUUGAACAUUUUGGCCUACAUAUGACCAAAGUGAUUCAGGCACAUGAUGCUCAGAUAGCAUGUAUAACUAUGACGAUGGAUGGGCUUAUUCUGGCAACUGCAAGUACAAAAGGAACAUUAAUAAGGAUUUUCAACACGAUGGAUGGGACUAGGCUACAAGAGGUACGAAGGGGGGUGGACAGAGCAGAUAUAUACAGUAUUGCUCUCUCUUUAAAUGUCCAGUGGCUGGCUGUUUCAAGUGACAAAGGUACUAUUCAUAUAUUCAGUCUUCGAGUACGAGGUGCGGGAGAGGACCCAUCUUUUCAAUCUAGUCCUGUCAAAAGUACAUCAUUCCUUCACCAGAAUUCAUCAUCUUCACUUGAUGCCCUCAUAUCUCCGAGUGCAGGAGAAAAUCCUGGUUCAUCAUUGUCGUUCAUGAAAGGGGUCUUGCCAAAAUACUUUAGCUCUGAAUGGUCAUUUGCUCGGUUCCACAUACCCGAGUGUACACAGUUUAUUGCUGCAUUUGGAUCUCAGAACACACUUGUUAUCGUUGGCAUGGAUGGGAGCUUCUACAGGUGCAGUUUUGACCCUGUGAACGGAGGGGAGAUGGUCCAACAGGAAUACGUCCGAUUCUUGAAGAAUGAAAGCAGGCAGAGAUGAGGCUAGUGUGAUGUCGUCCAAGCUCUAUUCAUGUCUUCUGCUGUAAAUACGACUCAAGCUUGCUAAGAAAUGUAAAUAUUGUUCAUCCUUGCAUAUUCUACAUCAACAUUUAAUUGGUUUUAUUAUUUCAGUUGUCGGAAUAUGAUGUUCAGCCCAACAACAGGGAUGUGGUUAUUGAUGGAAAGGAAAAUAAAACGUUUAAUUAUAGGCU